AAAAUAAAAAGGCCACCAUGGUUGCCUUGUAGCGAGAACUUUGCUUUUACACUCCUAUGGCCACCGAAUCUCUCCGAAACUCGCCGAAAUAUUCAACUUCAAAACCGAUAGCCGAUUCGUCCGUACUACAGCUCUGUGAAGCCCUAGAUUCUCUUUUUCUUUUGGAGCCAUGGGUGAUGCUAUUGAUUUAACUGGGGAUGGAGGUGUUCUUAAGACAAUUGUAAGGCAAGCCAAAGCUAAUGCCAUUGCUCCAAAGGAUGACCUUCCUCUUGUUGAUGUUCAUUACGAAGGCGUUCUUGCUGAAAAUGGUGAAGUUUUUGAUACUACACGGGAGGAUAAUACUGUGUUCUCUUUCGAGGUUGGAAAGGGCACUGUAAUCAAGGCUUGGGACAUUGCAUUGAAAACCAUGAAGGUUGGGGAAGUUGCAAAAAUCACUUGCAUGCCAGAAUAUGCCUAUGGAAGUGCAGGUUCUCCACCAGAUAUCCCACCAAAUGCAACACUUAUCUUUGAGGUGGAAUUAGUGGCCUGCAGGCCACGGAAGGGUUCAAGUUUGGGUAGCGUUUCAGAGGAGAGGGCUAGGCUUGAAGAGCUGAAAAGGCAGAGGGAGCUUGCUGCCACAAUCAAAGAAGAAGAGAAGAAGAAGAGAGAAGAAGCUAAAGCUGCUGCUGCUGCCAGAGUUCAAGCCAAGUUAGAAUCCAAGAAAGGUCAAGGAAAGGGAAAGGGCAAAGCAAAAUAAGGGCAUUCACAUAUUUAUUUACAUAAAAAUGAUCUAUGAUAACUGAAUGGAUACUUCAAACUUAUUUCAUGAGUUAAAGACAAGAGUGUACUACUACUAUGACAAUAGUAACAGUUGAAAGGUGUGCAAGUCUAUGCUGGUUUGGAAAUCCUGUUGGUUGUGAAUGAACCCAUUUACAAGCCAGCAGUAUUGAAUUUCAUGGUCAAUCAGUGAUAUAAAUAAAUAAAAAUGUUGUCUGAUUAUUUGCACAA